CACAUGUAAAAACUCUAUAGCGAUAGCGAGCGUUGCUUUUAGAAUUGACCUCCAGACGAGAGAGAACACUAAUUCUAGCCUCAUCCAACACUGGUCGGGUAGAUCCUCAGAGUAAGUUCUCAGCUUUUAUUUUUCUUCUGUUGUUUUAGUUGUUAUUUGAGAAAUCUAAUCGGUUUUAAAGAUCUAUGCCAAGGGCCGGUUAAGGGCGAGCCGGUAAAUUUACAUAUUGACCAAAAGAUUAUAUACAUCGUAUCCAGUGUUGUCAAGGCUCUGCCAAGUACAGUUAGGAACUGAACAGAACUGUUAUUUUAGUCCUCAGACGAUUCAGAAAUUUACCUAGUAAAAUGGCAGAUGAGAACUGUCUUGUUGGAAAUGGGACUUCAAAUAAAACAAUCUCUACUACGGCGAUUUUAGCAGCGGACGAGGAAGGAAAACCAGCGAAAGUAGAGAUCGAGGUGGUUGAAAGUGAAAAAGUACGAUUCGGCUGGGAUAACAAGAUUCAGUUUCUGCUGUCCGCGAUCGGAUUCGCUGUUGGUUUGGGAAAUGUCUGGAGAUUUCCCUGGCUGUGCCAGAAAAACGGGGGAGGUAAAAAUAAUUAAACUCAUUUUACGAGGUUAUUUUACUUUAUUCCAAAUUUAUUGUUCUAGUUAAAAUAUGCAGCGGCAACGUAAGUAAAAGAAAAUAUAUUCGUCAGCUGUCAAUGUCUGCCAAUAUCGAAGAACUUUGUAUUGUUGGCAGAACUCAGCAUUGUGCCCUUUUCGUAACCUCGUGAAAAAUUAAGUUUUUCCGUCUGUAAUCUAUAUCAUGGUUACAGGUUGUUUGAAAUUAUUUGGUUAUCUUUCGUCGCCCCUUUCAAUUAAAAAGUAACAUUUUAAACGCGUGGGAGAAACACUGAUAUAUGCCGGACUGAAGCGAAUUUAAUACUUGAAAUCGUGCACGAUUUGAGCAAUUCUGAUAACUACGAGCUAGGCUCUUGUAAUUACUAUAUUUCUUGUUUUAAUCAAUAACCUUUAAAUAGAAAAUUAUCGGCUAAAUUGUGUUCAAUUUUCUGAUACCGGACUUAAGCCUGAUCAUGUAGUAAAUACAGUAAGGGAAAAAUAACAGGUGUUCAUCGGAGAUAGGCUGUAUAAUGUUCGUUAUUGGGGAGGCCCCAGGUGAAUUAUUGGACUGAGCCCUGAAAACCCGCCUUAGCGCACUAAAUAUCGCCUUUCGUGCAGGCCAAACAGAGCUGAUGACAAAUUUAGUUUUUUCUUACCCUGAGAUAAAUCAGCUCACUGACUCGAAGUAUGUUUAUAUUAAGGAAAGGAAGCAGCUUGUCUCUCACUGAAACCGUUUUAUACCUCGUAGAAAUAGCAAAUACACCAACGUUGUGGGCGUUGUUUUGUUAAUCUAUUUCUUAAGCAUUAGAACCGAUUUUUGUUGUGAUUUCUUGAUAAAACGGUUUGGUGGGCGGAAUUAUUCUGUUCCCACUAAUGCUCCAGUUUAUAAAACUUUCAUAAACUAUCGCCCUUCUUUGUUGUAACUGAAAGGAAAAAAAGCUAAGAGCAUGUUGGCCUGAAAACAUCUCAGUGAAGUCUGAGUAAAAUGAGAAGAAGUAAUAAGAAAUCUAAUAAUAGCAACUGUGGAACAACAAUAAAGCUUUCCGGUGUCUUCUUUUCUCUUAAUCUCCUGUAAACAGGAUUAAUGGCAUCACAAGCAAUGAACAGCCAUCAAGAACUAAUUGUUUUGCUAUUUUAAGGAUAAAUCCUUAAGGUUAUGUUCAACAAAGACGAUGGUCAUAGAUUAAAGCUGUAAUGCAAAACCUAAGAAAAAUAAACCAACCUUGUUAUUUUUAAGAUGAGAAACUGAAAUAAAGCAAGAGGAAUUUAUGUCUGUAUACCAAAACAGCUACUCGGAUAUUUUCAUCCUUUUUAAUGAAAGCAAAUUUCUUGGCCAAGUGUUAAUGUCACAAAGAACAAACAAAAACACUCCAAAAAUACGCAAAGGUUCAAUCAAGGCUUUAUUUUCAAGCAUAAUCUCUAAAUAUUUUGCUAAAAUAAUAGGAACAAGGAGAUAAUUGCCUGGGCCUAUAUGCAAACAGCAUAAAUAUGCCAUUCGAGGCACGAACAAAUGAAGACAAGACCACUUGGAUUAUUAGCUAAAAAGGAGGUCUUUCUUUUCCAUUCUAAGAAAAAUCUGAAUAUGCAAUAUCACUCGAUAUUUCCUUUUAUAGUUAACAGAAUUAAGAUAGUUGGUGUUUCGUACUCUCUAUGAUCAUAGCGAAUUUGUUUGUUGGUUGUGUUAUCUCCUUCUCACCUACUACCUAAACAUACAUUAUUCAAGACAGUUCUAUUUUUCUUCGUGACAACUCAGUGUUUGAGUCUUAAAAAAACUCUUAAUGAAGAGCAUUUUCCUAAAAUUUUACGACGAAAAAAGUUAAAAGGCGUUAUCCUCUUUUCAUCGGCUUAAUAAAAAAACUUUUGAUAGAAAUUUUCCUCCAAUGAACAAUGUAAACACACUUAUCUAAUUUCCUGGGUGCGACGAGGACCCCGACGACGGACAGAAUUGUUAAAUGAUAAACAUUAUCGAAAAAUAUUUCGCGAUGGAAAACUUUUUCAACGUAGUUGUUUUGAGUUAAAGAUAUUGUUAAGAGGAUUAUAUUUGGUGUUUGGGUUUUCGCAGUUAUCACGUUUGUUUUUAUACAUUGGAAAAUAUUUCAAAUUGGGUUACGCUUUAACUUGUGAUCCGAUAGAUAUUUCCCGAUGUCGUGAAUUUGGUGCGAAACAGGCGAUAACGUAUAGAGCGUUUUCACAUGACGUCACGGCGGCCAUGUUGGGUUUCCAAACAAAUCCCGUGGGAGUUGAACUAUUUUCUUAUAUUAAGUAAUGGUCCAGAUAAGAAGGAAAGGACCAAAACGCAGUGAACACGUUGGAAUGCAAAAAGGUGCUAACUUUACUAUUGUCUCUACUAAGGUUCUGAUUGGUUUAAACAUCAAAUUUUACGAAAUCUUCGCAAAGCAGCAUGUAUAUUAAUCCCUUUUUUUCUAUCCAACUUCCUUAUAACAAAAUCUCGUCUGAGUCUAAGUAAUACAGAAAUCGUAUGUGCGGAUCAUGUAAAAUUGUGAACAUUUCUUGGCCAUUGUUUGCAACUCUUGUGAUUGGUCGAAAUGUUUUAACACAAAAAUACACCCUUUAAAAGUGGAGUUUAAAUACAUUUUCUUUCGUAAAAAGCCUUUUUGUAGAUUUAUGCACUCUCUGCGUAAAAAUGAAAACAUUUCUAUGUGAGGAAAAUGUAUUGCGCCACAACAAAAGAAAUUGCUUCCCUUCUUACCUGGAUCAUUACUUAACGCUUUCUUUUGUUCCAAUAAAUUUGGAUAGAUGCUAGCCACGUAAGUGAAAACACUCUUUUUGAUUUGUUCUUCCAUGUUUUAACAUUUUUACACCUAAAGACACUCAAGUUCAGUCACAACCUUAACCUGACCUUUUCAUGUAUAUUUCCAAGAAAUCACUUUUAUCUUUGUUUUUAACAUGGUUCUUGGCUUGUUUUCUUGUGCUUUUCAACGAAUUCAUAAAAUAGAUAUCUUUUAUUUUAGACAACGGUACUUUUAGUGAUUGGGGUAUUGAAUGUCUCUUGAUUUUCACAGCGUUUAUUAAGAAGUAUAUUUUUAGUUGUUUUAACAACUAUUAAUUAAAAUAAUGCAGGUUUCCACAUGUCAGCCAAUAAUCUUUGACGCUUAACAACUUCCGUUGUUCGACCAAUCCGCAGAAAGAGCCUUACGCAAGCUUUAAUCCGAGUCAAGCACAUGGGUUUACUGGUCAUGCUUAUGGGUUGAGGGCAACUAUAAAAUUAGGAUGAGAGAGAAUUGUAUUAACAUUAGAAAGUCAACAUUAAGCCAAUAAAGAGAAACUGAGAGCAAGAACAAGCAGUUGUCUUGAAGAAGCUGACUAGAUCCCCCUAAAAAGUUGGUUCGACAGAAUGUAUCGCAUAUUUAUCAAAUUUCACUGUAAUAUGAUAUUGUAAAAUGAAAGGGAAUGAAAUUUUUCAGCGCGAAACCGAUGCCUACAUGAGUAAACCCACGUGUGCUGUGGCUACAUGCGCUUGAUCCUUUAUACUCAUGUUAAACCAGCCAAUUCCAGUUUUCUUUCUGAAAGAUUCGCCCGCUUAACUGUUGACCGAGAAUGCUUUCUGUUUGUUUCAGGAGCCUUUUUGAUUCCUUAUUUCAUCAUGCUUAUCUUCGAAGGCGUCCCAGUCUUCUACUUGGAGCUGAGCAUCGGGCAGAGGCUUCGCCAGGGAGCCAUCAAUGUGUGGAGCACAGUGUGUCCCUAUCUUGGAGGGAUGGGAAUUGCAACCACAGUGAUUUGCAUUCUCGUCUGUAGUUACUACAACGUGGUGAUCGCUUGGGUGUUGUUUUACUUCUACAACUCGUUCCGAUCUCCUCUUCCAUGGGCUGAGUGUCCGAAGGUCGAUGUGUUCAACAGUGAGUUGAAUCGCACCGAGAUGAUGAUUCCCAAAGAAUGUGAUGCCAGUAGCCCCACUGCUUACUACUAUCAUCGCGAGACAUUAAUGCACGCCAGCAGAAUAGAGGAGAGCGCUGAGAUCAACUGGAAGUUGGCUGUUGCCUUGGUUGUUGCGUGGGUAGUGGCAUAUCUUUGCAUAAUCAAGAGCAUUCAGUCAUCUGGAAAGGUAUUACAAAAAGCGCAUUUGAAGGUGAAUCUUCCCCACAGGACUGCAGUAAAAAUGAACAAAAUUUAAAAAGUUCAAGGUUUUGAACAUGAAAUUAGGACUCCGGUUAAAAAAUAAUCCCUUGGGCAUCAAAGGAUCUAGCUGAAAUGCAAGCAAACAAAAAUCUGUACAUCGCUGUGAAUUGUAAUACAGACAUCACUCGCUGAGCUUCUUUCCACAACAGGUCACGUAAUUCCUUUAUGAAUGAACAUGCCAGCAGAAUAUUAUGAGUUAUUACCCUUUAGACAGAGAAAUUUUUUUACGCAACCGUUCAUUUCUGGUUUCUUGCAGGUUGUUUACUUCACAGCAACAUUUCCUUAUGUUGUUCUGGCCGCCUUCUUUGUCCGAGGUCUUACGUUGAAAGGCUUUGAAACGGGUGUUAUCCAUCUGUUUACGCCAAAGGUAGGAUGUCCAUCCUGACUAAAAUCAGGAAUCCGACAUUUCAGCUUUAAGGCAGAGAAGCCUUAUUUUCAGUUGGCGUUAGUUAGCAGAACCAAACUCUUUCCAGUUAAAGGAUGGCUCUAGCAAUGACUCUUUUGAAGAUGGUCCAUUCUUCAUGCUUGCCAUUUCGACUAUGUUUAUCAGUUAUUGUUGGUCUCCUGUAGGUGGUUAUAGAGAUGAAAGCCCGUUGUCAUGCCAGUGUCAUCAAAUGACGUUUUUAUAUUGUAAGAUUAAUCUUCAUACAAACCUGAUAAUCCACGAUUUUCUUGUCCAGGGGAAAAAGAGUUUGUUCAGUUUGAGUAGAUAAGAUGCAGUUGUAUAUAACUCGCUAAGAGGUUAGCUGGCGUUAGAUUAAGGACUGCUGGUAACUCAUUUUGAGACUGAGCUACCUGGAUGAUGCUUGGGAUUAAUAAGAGAACUUUCAACUCUGCCCCAUUCAUACAGUUCUCCUUCCAAGAUAUCUGGAAAAAUAUGCCUUCUCACAGAUGUCAAAGGUUAUCCCGGCCAAAACGUAAGACAUUGUCCUCACCAGAAAUUAUCAUGAACUGAAGACGAAUGAAACAAUGCGAUGGUUUGCAAGGAGAAGCUUCAGUUUGUUGACAGGUUACUGGAAGGGAAAAUUGUCCUAUUAGAGACUAGUGAGGAUUAUUUACAGAUAGUAGAAUGAGGUCUAUAGCCUAAUGCUUACUAUUCAAAGUACUAACAUAUAACUGAAGCACAACAUAUUAGCUGUAAUUCUUAACUGUAGCUUUGAUAUUCUACAGCAAUUCUUCCGAGGAAAACGUAAGUAUUGGCCAAGUGGCGUCUGCAAUUCUAAUGCAGUCAAUUACCACUUGGGUGAAUGUAAACUGCAAUUCAAAUGCAGGACAACGCACAAUCUGGAGAGAAGAAUGUCCUGCAAUUCAAAUGCAGUUUCUGUAAUUAAAGGUAUUCUUCUAAAAUGUGGUCGAUUGAAACGAAGAAGUGCGAAUUAGGGAUAGAUUCUGCAAUCCAAAUGCAGUCGAGAAUCCAAAACACACCGAUGCGAUUCGUCACGUUGUUCCUAAAGACACGUUCUCCUUUGCUGUUGUUUCAUUUGCGUCGUCACCAAACAUGGGCAAAACAAACGUCGGCAGAAUUAAGACAUUACAUAAACUCCGCCGCUCUUAAACCGAAGUCUUUCUGCAAUUCCAAUGCAGUCUCAGUCGCAUUUUAACCCUGAGAAAUCGUGUCGAAAAAGGCGUGACAAAGUUUGAUUCUGCAAUCCAAAUGCAGUCAAGAAUCCAGAACACACCAAUUGCGAAUCGUCACGUUGUUCCUAAAGGUACGCUCUCCAAGGAAAAGUCUCCUUUGUAGUUGUUGCAUUUGAGUCACCACCAAAAAUGGGCAAAGAAAUGUCGGCAAAGAAAUGAGUCAUAAAAUAAACUCUGCUGCACCUUGAACAAAGACUUAAUGCAAUUCCAAUGCAGUUUCCAGUCGUAUUUCAACGCGUGAAAUAGUGUCGAAAAACGCUGACAUUCUUUCGCUGUAAUUCCAAUGCAGACAUUGAGACACCGUUUGCUCGCUGAAAAUUAAAAAAGCGCCAAAAAGUCGAUGAUAAAGAUCGUUUGAGAAGAUUGUCAGGGCAAACAUUUUUCCCUCCCACAAAAACAUUCAGAAGAGCUGGACCCGAGAGCAGCAAUGCGAGAUCAGUCUAGAGGAUCAAGCCAAGAAACUGACUGUAACAAGGGUGCGAACAAGACAAAGUCAACAAGUUGUAGCUGCCAACAAACGCUUGCAAUUCCAAUGCAAUAUGUUGCUGAAAUGCUUACAAAUAAAUUAAAUUCUCUUUAAUACUUCCAGUGUAGACACACAUGGAGAUGGAGAUGAAGCGAGAAAACGUCCAAAUAGCCUCUGAGCCUUAAUAGAGAGGUGGGCAUGAAAUACUAAUCUAUAUGUCUCGUUGAAUAGAAAAAGAGAACUUCAAACAUAAAGUUAAAUGACCUAUUUAAAAAAGUGUUUCUUUCCCUUUUCAGUGAUAGGCAAACUGACUACUGCGCCUCGAGCUCAGAGCGUUAGUUUCUGCCCAGUAGAGCGUUCUCGAAACGUUGUUUCUGUUCAAAUGACAAAAUGAUCGAGAGUGAUAAAAUAACUUGUAAAACUAUCAUAAAAUACAUGUCAAAUUCCAAAAUUGGACUUGCUGUCUAUUGCCUCUGGUGCCCGAUGGCAACCGUUGUGUGUAACACAGUCGUUCUCAAAACACUGGCUAAAUACAAAAAAUGUCCAGUGUCCCAAUGACGGGAGCUUCAAUGACGAAAAGAAAUUUAAAACGCAGUUUUUCCAUGGAAACAUGUGCAAGGAUUGUAUAACUUCUAUUGUUGGUUACUGAGCCUUGGGCCUAGUAACAGCUGCUCGUGAAUUUCCCAGUAGUUCUCAAAACACUGGUCGGUAUUAACCAAAAAAAAUGGAACUCAUGCAGAUCACUGCGCCAUGAGCCCGGUGAUAGCUGUCAAUACAAAACCCAGUAGUUCUCAAAACACUGGACGAAAACAGUUAAAACAAUUCACUUGAUUAUAAUAGACUUGACUGCCGAUCACUGCGCUACGUGCCCAGUGAUACAUGUCAAAAGAAAACCCAGUAGUUCUCAAAACACUGGUUCAACUCACAGUAUAUAGACGAUGCUUUGACUUGCUGCUGUGUCUUGCGCAUAGCACAAGUUCCCAUUUAACCGACAAACAGUUGUUCUCGAAACACUGUAAUGUAACGAUAGACAAAGUUAAAUGCCUUGAAAAAACUAAUUAAUUAAUUUUUAAAUUAACCCAGAUAAAUUAACUAACGACAUCAUGAUCCUCAAACUAAACAAUAACUUAAACUCAAUACAAUAAAUGCAGCUUUCCUAAAAACAUGUAAUUUCAAACAGCUUCAAGGCGCGGAUCCAGAAAUGUUUCUACAAGGUUCCUUAAAAGAGAAAUCCUGUUUGGCACUCAAGGCACGUUGCAAAAAGUAUCGAGAAACACCACCGAGUUUUCUGCGAGUAAACACUACACAUCCUACAGUAGUUCACAGUCCCUGAAGGUAGGAGGAUAGCAUAACGAGGAAUACUCCAAAACUCUGAGGCCAUGACUGCAUGCUCAUGUUUAAGGUUUUUAAAGGGGCUAUGCACGCUAUUUGCUAUCUUUUUGAAAAGCUCAAGCUUUUUUCUCAUUUAUUGAAUUAAAAAAAUAAUGGUCCAGUUUUGUUAUUUAAGACUACAUUUAGGCAUUCAAACUAUUUCCUGUCGUCUGUUGCAACGGAUGGCAAGGAUGGAUAUGGAUUGAAGACUUGAAAAAGUUGGGCCUGUGUUUCAAGCUUUAAUGCUAUGCCUGGAAAAAUCACGAAAAUAUCAUUGUGGUUAGUGCUCCCUGAUGAAAUUUGUUUGACAUGUUCUUCAUAACUCUACAGCCUGAGACAGAGUCUAAGGGAGCAUUUUGUGUAGGGUAAUUGCACUAGGUAAUGACUUUACAGAAUUUACCAAAAACAGCAAUAUACUCGUGACGUAGCCCCUUUAGGUUAGAACAAUUUGGAUCCGCGCCCCCCUUUUGUCAACACAACCUGCUUGACGCUGCUCUCUGCGCCUUGAGCCCAGUUGACAUGCGUCAGUUAACAGCAAAUUCAGGAGUUCUCGAAACACUGAUAUAUGUUUUUGUAAUCAACAGUGGGAACGUCUUCUGGACCCACUAGUGUGGCUUGAUGCAGCAACACAAAUCUUCUUCUCGUUGGGUCUGGCAUUUGGCACCAUGGUUGCCUAUGCCAGUUACAAUUCCAUUCACGAAAACACACUUCGUGACGCUAUUACAGUUUCCAUCGCUAACUGCAUGACUUCUUUGUUCGCCGGGGUAGUCGUUUUCUCCAUUUUAGGAUUCAGGUAAGACACUCAUCAUCACUGCUUCGCCAGACGUCCAAGAAGGCGUAUAUCCUAUUACUCAUUCAAUAAAUGAUAGAAUUAUGAUGAAAACUAUCGGUAACUUGAAUAUUGCAUGCCUCGUAUUUCAUCCAGCUCUCUCAAAAAGAGCAACAUUAAAAAGAACGCUGACCUAUUGAUCAUUCACCUCAGAGUCUCAGACCAAGUUUACACCUAAAUAAGGCUCUAUCAGCUCUAUAAAGGUUCUGUUCGGCUUCCAUGCAUGUAAUGUCGAUCUCUAUUUCAAUGGCCCAUGACAAGUUAGCAACCGUUCGGAUCUCUAUACCCAAACAUGAUGGAACUUCGUCUGCCAGCUCCGUUGUAAUGCACAGUAUAAUCAUUUGUAUAAUACAUAUUUGCUGAGUGAGUCAGUCUCAAUAUCAAUUUCAAGGACGACCCAAGAAUUUACAGUGACUUUUCAGGUCGAUGAUCGUCUCCGACGAUCAUCAUGAAUUUACCAAAAAAUCAGUAAUCAUAAAAUAUAUUUUAUUCCACUGGAGAGCGUGAUUUGUCUUCAUCUACUUGCCGACUUGUAAUUGAGGAAAAACGUCUUUUGCCCUUCCAUGUCACACCGCAAUCUAUGAAGACCAAGCCCUUCAUUAAGGCCAUACACAAAAAGCCCUUUUCACUUUAUAGCAUACCAUCAUGUCCAGCAGUAUCGAAACAUUUCCUGUUAGUGGAUAGAAAAACCUAAAAAACAGUGUAUGCAUUUGACGUUGCGAAAGGGUCACACAUAUCCCACCUGUCAUGUCACAACUUGUCGCAAUAGUUGUAGCACAAGACCAAAAGAAAGUAAAUUUAUUUUUUACCAGGGCAACGUACAUGAUGGAAAACUGUGAAGCAAGAAAUGCUCAACUCCGACAGAAUCUGAACACAACCCUUCAGCAACUCAACACAACAGGGCUAAACCCACAGCAACUCGAAUGGCUUAAAGGCAACACCACAAACAAUGUCACAAGCGGACUUCAGAAAUGUGACAUCCAAGACUUUCUUUCAGAUGUAGGUGUAACUUCCAGAAACAGUAUAUAAUUUUUCUAAUUACCUUAGUUCAUAAGGGUACCUAGCUGUUGACGAUUGGUUGUAGAUAACAGAGGUAUUUUCGAUUUUGGAAAUGUUAUUUUGCUCUGCAAGCCAUUUCUGCCGAAACCGUGGGAAAGCUUUCGAAGACAAAACUGAAAACUGAUAAUUAAUACAAGGCUUUCUUUUUCUGGGUGAAUGCCAAAGACACGUUGAAUAACGUUAUUAAAAGAGGAUAUUAUCUGAAAUCCUAUCUAUAGGCAGCCAGUGGGCCAGGAUUAGUGUUCAUUGCAUUUACUGAUGCUAUCAAUCAAAUGCCUGGAGCAACAUUUUGGUCUAUCAUAUUCUUCCUCAUGCUUCUCACCCUCGGCCUCGACAGUCUGUUUGGCGGCCUGGAGAGUGUGACGACAGCCUUGAAAGAUGUCAGAGGUUUUAGGAAGCUACGGAGAGAAGUAUUAUCAGGUGAGCACAGUUUUGAAGACUUUAUAGUGUUGAAACGGCAACCAAAAUGGAACGUCCAGUCAGCACAAGAGCGAGAGCAAUUGUGUAGGAACUCUAAAUAAAUUAUUAACCGAACAGAGGUCCAGCCGUUUUCUUCGAACUGUCUAGAUUUACCUACCAAGACAAACUGUUACCUGUUCAGAUAAAGGACAGGAAUGAUAACUUGGCUUUUCCCUACAUUUCAUAACCAUUCAGAUAGUCUCGCCAUCGAAAAUUCUUAUGGUUCAAUUCCACACAACUGCAUAAAUUAGUCUUUUUCAUAUGUACGUCCGUUACGUAUCAGAAAUUCAUCAAACAAUAACUGUGUAACUACUGCUUCUUUGUUAACAAUGGCUUUGGGAACCAAUCCCAGUGUGAUACCCACACGUGACAAGAGUUCUGUGGCUACAGUGAAUGACGCAAUUUAUCUCGAAAACGGGCGUAGAUAAUUGUAAUAAUUAUUACCAAGAGCCAUAUAUGGCUCUUGCUAUUACAAGUGGCAGAGUUUACCAGAAAAUGAUUUUUUUUCUAGGGUUAAUGUGUGUUGUUGGUUUCUGCAUUGGUCUUCCUAUGGUGACGUAUUCCGGUGAAUAUGUGCUGCAGAUAUUCGACAGUUUCGCGGGAAACCUUCCUCUUCUGCUAAUUGCAAUUUUCGAGUGUGUGGGUGUAUGCUACUGCUAUGGGAUUAAAAGGUAACUUUCGUCACCGGCUUUUCAUCACAACUAAACUUUUCAUGACAAAUAUAUUAUUUCCACAACGUGCAAUUCCUCAAUAUACCAACUAACCAUAUUCAUGCCCUUUGUUGUCCAAACUGGACAGCCUCUCUUUUCCAUUUUAAUUUCAGCAGCCAACUUACUGAUGAAUCAUGUUUCUAAGAUCUAUCUAUAGGGCCAAGAUUUCAUAAUAACCGCGAAAUCGUUCAUGCUUGACAACAAAAAACCCGAAAUGUGGUGCAACGUCAUGAUAGUCAGGUUUACAAACGUUGCCUCGCCAUAGGCAGGGCAAGGUGUCCUGCCAAGAAUGCUUGGGAAAAACGAUAAAGGAACAAGGGAGGGUUGCGUGAAUUAGGAAUAAGUAGUGUCACCCAUGGGCAUGGAAUCCGGCUUUUUUUGUAUACCCUCCAAGUAAACAGCAGUAACCUUGGGAUCCUACUCAUAUCCUAUUUACUGACAGGUUUUCAGAUGACAUAGAAUUCAUGACUGGAAGUCGACCAAACAUCUUUUGGAAAAUCUGCUGGAUGGUUGUCACACCAGUUGCGAUGUUAGCUAUUCUGAUAGCCAGCAUCGUGUUGAUGUCACAGGGAAAGGCCUCCUACUAUGCUUGGAAUCAAGACAAAGUAUGUGAAAACCUGUAUCUUAUCACCUUGGAAGUCAUUUUCGCCUUUAGUUAUAGCCUGGACCUUUCUCAGAUAGUUCAGUUUGGUUUUAAGAACGGAUGGCUCGGUCCUUUAUCUGCCUUGCAAGCACUUUGGCGUUCGUCUUCUCUUAUACAUUGUUCGAACUCGUUUCUAUGUUCUCUUUUAACGUUUGUGAUAAUUCCGUUAUAUGUCAUGCUUUUUUAUGUAUUUUUCCACUAGGCCACCUACGAGAAGGUGCCUUACCCAGACUGGGCAGUAUUCAUUGUGGUACUCCUCGUCCUUAUGUCCGUGGUAUUCAUUCCCGGUGUGGCCAUUGCGCGGUAUUUUGGCUUUGUCAACUACGAAAAAUUGGAACCAGUCCCACUAAAAGAGGCCGAGGCAUCAAUAUCGUACAAAGACAACAUUUUGGAAGACACCAAUGUUUAAUGCUAACGUUGGCGUGUUAAUACUGAAGUGAUAGUAUAAGUAACCAAUCAUGAUUAACAGAAUGCAAUAUAAGAAAUACUCAUAAGAGGAUAAGUACUAAAUUUAUAUAUUUUUUAGCCUAAUUACGUUUGUCGAGUGAGCACCACUAACAAAAAAGUUGAUCAAAUCUUCCUUGACGGACAGGUCAUGGCACUUUUUGUCCCUGCUGUAAAACAGCAAAUUCAUUGCGACUAAAGAAAAGCGACCAAAGUUAAUCGCUAAUCGUGCUUUUGAAUGUAAAACAUUCAUACAAGAUUUUUCUCAAUCAAAUUCUCGAUUUUUUUAACUUCGGAAGAACUAUUGAUCAAAUGGGUGCAACUGUUAAAUGGUUCCGAAUCGAAGGGACAAGCCUGUUUAUGUCUUUAUGGUGUGAAGCACCUUUGAUUAGUAAUAGUGCAUAGUGCUACCAGUGUCUGUCUUAGAAAGGUUUGAAUGUUACAAAGUAUUCAGGCCGGUUUACCUUGUAAAUGGCGUAAUCAAAGUAUUGUUAUUUUUCUAUACUUCUUUGAAAAAAAUGUAUAUUUUAUUCAGUUGUCAUUAAUUGUAAUUUAUUUAGUUUAGCAAGUCAAAACGUUAUUUGAAAAUAAGUUAAUUACAAGGUAAAAUUUCUUGAAUACUUUCUUGUUAUUUCAACUAUUUGAAGCCAGCACUUCGUUGUCGGACCUGGCAGAUCUGAUGCUUUAUAUGACUGACGUCGCAAGAAACAUUGUUUAGAUGAUUACGUGGUGACAAAGUUAACUCAGUAUUACAUUGACCACGCCAAAGGCAAAGUUCAUUAAAUGUACCAAAUUAUUCAGCGUCAACUGUGUUCCAGUUUCGUUAUUUUCGUUUUGUGACCAACUACAGUACUUUGAUGGUCACUUACGACAGGUUCCAACUAUAGUGCUGUGACAGGCGCUUACAAGAGGCUUUAACAUGCAUUAAGGGGGGGGGUUACAGGUGAACGCCUUGUUUGUAUUAUACUUGAGC